AUGUCUCGCACCACUACGACCGUCGCUUCGGAAUAUUUUGACGAGCCCAACACGAUUCCAAUUGAGCAUCGGUUCAAUCCUUAUUCGGAUAAUGGGGGUACUGUGCUCGGGAUUGCUGGCGAAGAUUUUGCUGUGCUCGCAGGGGACACGAGACAAGUCAAUGGGUACUCUAUCAAUUCCAGGUACGAACCGAAGGUUUUCGAUGUGGGUGACAACAUUUUAAUGACGGCGAACGGGUUCCAGGCAGAUGGUGCCGCAUUGAUUGAUCGUUUCCGCAAUCAAUUGAAAUGGUAUCGUUUUGAUAAUGGGAAGAAGCUUGAAAUCAAGCUGGCAGCACGCUACAUCCAACACUUGUUAUAUGGCAAACGGUUUUUUCCCUAUUACGUGUCAACUUUGAUCGCUGGUAUAGAUGAGGAAGGGAAGGGUGCCGUUUACUCUUAUGACCCCGUGGGUUCUUACGAACGUGAGCAGUGUCGUGCUGGUGGGGCCGCUGCCUCAUUAAUCAUGCCAUUCUUGGAUAAUCAGGUCAACUUCAAGAAUCAAUACGAACCCGGCACCAAUGAGAAGCGUCCCUUGCGGUACUUGAGUCUUGAGGAAGUACUUCAGCUUGUGAAGGAUGCCUUCACUUCUGCAACUGAAAGACAUAUUCAAGUUGGUGACGGUUUGGAAAUUAUGAUUGUGACUAAAGAUGGCAUCAGAACUGAGUAUUACCCUUUGAAACGGGAUUAA